AGCCCUGACACCCCAGCUUGAUCUGACUCUGAGGACAAUCGCACGUGUUAACCACCGUCACGUUCCACUCUGCCUUUCCAUUUAUCUCUCUCCCACUUCGCACUGUUCCGAUGUUUAUGUUGUCCAAACUGCAAUUUUUACAAAUUCCUGCCCACGUAUUUAUUUUUAUUUUUAUUAUUUUGUGUUUGUGAUUAAAUAAUUUUAUAAACCAGUCAUAUAUAUAUGUAUAACUAUGUAAGUACUUAUUACUUACCACUGUUGAUGAGAUUACUGAUCAGAAAAACGAUUGCUAUGAGAGACUUAGCCAUGGCGGCGGCGGCCAUUUCUGGGUAGCUGAUUGGAGCUUUUGGUGUGGCGGUGGAGAUUAUUAAUGGAAAACUGUUUUAUCAACUUUCGAAAUAUGACAUGGCCACUCCCAAUAUCUUUGACAUGUACCAGGCCGAGGAGGAAGAGGAGGUUCCCCAACUCCAGCGGAGAUCCAAGAGGAGAACUGGCGAAUCCAGCCGAGGCCCUCCAGCCAAGAAGGGUCGAACAGAAGACCUUCCCAAGGACGCGCCAACUGGGCAAACUCCUGGGCCAAUGGGGCAAACUCAUCCACUAGCUCCUACUGAGAAGCAGACUCCUCCUGCCCCACCAAAUCCUCCGGCUGCGCCCACUAGAGAGGAAAUUACUCGUGAAGAAGCUCUCGGGGCCAAACUCAUGAGCCGUACCCUUCGAUCAGCCAGGGAUCGCCUUGACCGCAUUGGCAAAGGUGACCAUGUCAGAGAUGCAAUGGUCGAGGCUGAAAACUUGGGGGCCGACCAGGUUCUGAACAGGGCCCUGAAUGAAAUCUCCAGUGCCUUGCUAUCUUCUAUCACUGCUCGUACCCGUAUCCAGGCUUCCAUCGAGCAGGCCAAGGCAAAGGCCACUGAGAGGCAUCAAGUGAAGGCAGCUGAGGAGCUUUCCGCUGCAGAGGCUAGGCACGCCAAGGAGUUGGAGGCAAUGGCUCGAGAAAGGGAUGCUGCGGUGACCAAAUUGUCAGAGGCUGAAGCUGCAAAAGAUGUCGCGGUGAAGUUGAGGCAGCAGUAUCGAGAGUCCAAUCAAACCCAUCUUCGCGAGAUCAAGCAUUUGGGAGAGACACUCAAGUCCAAGGACGAGGCUAUUGUCACUCUCGAAGGCAAGGUGAAGCAGCUGGAGCAUGACAACUCCAAAAAUCUUGAAAAGUACAAGAGGACGACACUCCGAUGUUUCUACAACUUCUGGAAACAUAAUCAGGGUGCCGAUUUUAGCUAUCUUUCAGAGGAAGUCAGGACUGCUGAGUUGGCUCGCUGCACCUCUCAACUGGCCGAAGAGGAGGCAAGACUGAGGAUCCCUGCUUCUCCAAGCAUCGUUGGUGUAGAAGAAGAAGAAGUUGCCGAGGACGCAACUAACCAAGAUGCUGCCCGGGACCCUCCGGCCCCAAAUGCCUCUGAAACUUUCCCAUUUAUUUUUUCUCUCUUUUUGGCCACACGACCUACGGGUCGUGAUGUAAAGACAAUAAUUUCUUGUUUAAACUUUGCUGCACGGGCAGUAAAUCUUUUUUCUUUUAUUCGAACAGUUACAUCCAAGCAGCGAUGCUUGCGGUGUAAAAGCUUAAAUCUUGAUGCUAUAAUAUCUUUAUUUAUUAUAACAUUUGUCUGUAUGACCGAACUUAGCAUAGUACUUUGGCAUGAUUUAACAAAACAUAAAUUUUGAAAAAUACUCUAAGUACUGCAGCAUGCUUUCACUCAUUUUGUUCAUGUGUUUACAUACCUUGCGAGUAUGCUUUGCUAUCGAUGUGCCUUAUAUGCCCCCCCAAG